AUGCAGGCGAAAAGUCGGUACUAUGAAUCGACCGAGCUGUCGGCAGACUCAGUCGAGUCGCACCCCUGCCUGCCGUAUGUAUUUGCCGUGUCGACCUACCAAGUGGACCAGGACCCCGCGCAGUCGACCGAGGCGAGCCCCGAGUACUCUCGCCGAGGACGGUGCAAGCUGCACCGCGUGACCCCCGGAGAAGCUGCGGCGUGCACGACGCUCGACGCGAUCGAGGGCGAGGCAAUUCUCGAUGCCAAGUGGACGCUUGCUAACAGCGCAUGUGGUGAGCACGGCUACGGGAUGCUGGGCAUUGCCGAUGCGACCGGUUACCUGAGCCUCUACCAGCUGGGCGAGAACCUCGCCUUUACCAAGAAAGCUGCCUGGCGCAUGAACGACGAAAAGGCUCUAUGCUUGAGCCUGGACUGGUCGGACCGCACGAAAAUGGGGGCAAGUGACGCGAGCGUGAUUGUGAGCCAGAGCAACGGCACGCUGGCGACCGUGCCGAGCCUGCAUCGCGCCGAGCCGCAUGGCAUCGAGACGUGGCACGCACACGACUACGAGGCAUGGAUAGCAGCAUGGGACUGCUGGAGCGGUGCGAACGUCGCAUGGAGUGGCGGUGACGACCUCGCGCUCAAAGGAUGGGACCUGCGCACGCCUAUCCACGACGGCACCCGUGAACCGACCUUUACGUGCAAGAAAGGCUUUGACGGCGGCGUCACGAGCAUCCAGAGCCAUGCCACGCGGCAGCACUACUGGGCGGUCGGCAGCUACGACGAGACGAUUCGCAUCUUUGACGCACGCAACCCCCGCCGCCCUGUCGCCGAUGCGCCUGUCGGCGGCGGCAUCUGGCGCGCCAAGUGGCACCCUACGAACGAGAAUGCGCUGCUGCUCGGCUGCAUGCACGGCGGCGUACGCAUCGUGGAGUGGUCGCCCGAUGCGCCUAUCGAGGUCGUGUGCGAGUUUGAUCAGCACGAGAGUAUCGCCUACGGAUGCGACUGGGAGCGCGGCGCAUUCCGCGGCGCGGACAUGCCCGGCGCGUCCUAUGUCUAUAGCUGCUCAUUUUACGACGCCGCCCUCCACGUCUGGGCGUGGGCAUAG